AUGGGGUCCACCGUCCUCCCGUACAUGGAGACCAAGCCCAAGGUCAUCUUCUUCACUGACUUUGACGGCACAAUCACAGUCGACGACAGCAAUGACUAUAUGAUCGACAACCUCGGCUUUGGUUUGACGGAACGCCGCAAGUUGAACGAUGAAGUCUUGGAGGAGCGUAUGGGCUUCCGUGACGCCUUCCGCACCAUGCUCGAGAGCAUCAACACUCCCUACGACCAAUGCAUCGAGAUCCUGAAGAAGAACAUGAAGCUGGACCCUUACUUUGAAAAGUUCUACUACUGGGCCGAGGAGAACAAUGUCCCCAUCGUCAUCUUGUCCUCGGGAAUGCGCCCGAUCAUCAGCGCUCUGCUGGAGCAAUUCCUGGGUCACAAGCCUAAGAGCCAUCUUCACAUUGUCUGCAACGAGGUGAUUCCUCGCAACGGCAAGGAGAUCAACAGCGAGGGAGGGUGGCAAAUUUCCUACCACGAUGACAGUCACUUCGGUCACGACAAGUCCCUCGAGAUCAAGCCCUAUGCAGCUCUUCCCGAUAGCGAGCGCCCCAUCCUCUUGUAUGCUGGUGACGGUGUUUCUGAUCUAUCGGCUGCGGCUGAGACCAACCUUUUGUUCGCGAAAGAAGGCAAAGAUUUGGUGACAUUCUGCCAGCGCCGCGGCAUGCCUUACACGACCUUCAAGGACUGGUCGACUAUCCUUGCCUCCACGCAGAAUAUUCUUGCUGGCAAGAAGUCGCCCAGUGAAAUUGCCGCUGAGACCAAGACAGCCUAA